GCCUCACAGGGCGCAGCCGGACAAUCUUUCAAAACAGCAGAUCAGUAGUCGUGUACUCCAGAACUGGUGAUUGGUGGACUAUACAAGUUGGAGUUGAAGGCGCGCCUCAACUCCAGAGCUACACAUUCAAGUUUGGGGAACCCUACUACUCUCUUAACGUCGAUGAGACCCCACUGAAG